AUGGCCUUUGCAGAUAUGGACUGCCCUAUUGGGGCAACGAAAAUGGACAAAAUAUGCGGACACAGGCUGCCCCCUCUCGAGCCCUUUGAGCACUACGAGCAUGGAAAAGACGCGGAUCCAAACUUCGGAUCCUUAUUCAAAGAAGGGGUCAAGAUCUCAGACAUUACGAAAUCGAUCGGUGCCGAGGUCACUGGCCUCCAGCUCUCUCAGCUGAACGACAAGGCAAAGGACGAACUUGCUCUCCUAGUAGCGCAAAAAAAGGUCGUCGUUUUCCACGAUCAAGACUUUGCCACCAUACCGAUUCAGCAGGCUGUCGAUUUCGCAAGCUACUUUGGCAGGCUGCAUGUACAUCCCGUCAGCGGCGCCGUUCCCGGUUUUCCUCAGCUCCAUAUGGUCUACCGCGGACCCAAAGAUGUCAAUCACGAUAAGAUGCUUGAAUCCCGAACUACCUCCGUCUCAUGGCAUAGCGAUGUGAGCUAUGAGUUACAGCCUCCUGGGACCACAUUUCUAUUCGCCAUUGAAGUUCCUGAAAGCGGGGGAGACACUCUAUUUGUGAACCAGGUAAAAGCAUAUGAAAGGCUCUCUCCAGCAUUCCGAGAGCGUCUGGCUGGUCUCAAGGUCGUGCACUCCGCCCAUGAGCAGGCCGAUGCGGCUCUCAGGAACGGUGGGCAGUUGAGAAGGGACCCCAUCACUUCUGUGCACCCUCUGGUCCGGACUCAUCCGGCAACGGGCGAGAAGGCACUCUACAUUCAACCUCAGUUUGCCCGCUCGAUAGUGGGCUACAAGCAGGAAGAGAGUGAGGCACUGCUAAAGUUCCUCUACCAACACAUAGCCUACAGCCAGGAUCUUCAGUGUCGUGUCAAGUGGGCCCCUCGCUCCGUUGUUGUGUGGGACAAUAGAGUCACUGCUCACUCUGGCUUGGUCGAUUGGGAGGGUCCACGGUACAGGUACAUUGCUCGCCUGGCAGCGCAAGCUGAGCCGCCAACUGAAUAG